AUGUGGCUGGGUGUAAACACUGUCAGCGCUUCGCUCCAAAGGCCAGAAGCAAGCAAGGAGAGCCUCUUCUUGCCAGAGGACGUUCCUCUGGGUCCAACCUACGUGCCACCCUCAGUUCUGAGAGGAUCUAUUGAGCAAGUCCGUCAGCUGCAACUUCUGGUGCCCCCCCAUAAUGUGGCCUACUCAACCAGCCGUGACCCCAUCCCUGAGCCAGAUGGACCAGAAGAUGUGCCAAUCUAUCCGUAUAUGGAUGACUUGCUCUUGGUAGCUCACCGGUCCCAGCUGCUUGUGUACCUGGACCUCACUGUUGACAUGGUCUCCAAACUAGGAAUCCUGAUUAACUGGGGAAAGUCCACUCUUACACGACGCACCACCGGCCCCUUCCCUCUUCCCGGCGCCCCUGGGUUUGAACGGACGAGCGAAGUAACGAAGGGACGAGCGAAGGAGCGACGCGCCCGCGCUUGUUCCGCCCGAGCCCUCGGGGCGGCGCUGUUGCUGCGCUGCCGCGGCGGGGAUCCGGGCCGGGCGCGGAGAGGCUAUAAAAGCGGGCGGCCCACGCCGGGGAACCGAAGGGGCGCGGCAGGAGCGGCCGAGGCGAGGGACGGGGCGCCGCGGUGGAGCCGGGCUGCGGGGCUCUCCCGCCGCAGGGGCGCCCCGGCCAGCGGCAUGCGCGGAGGCAACGGGAGCGGCGCGGAGGGCGCGCAGCAGCCGCGGGAGGCGCCGUCCUCGGGCCGCCCGCCGGGGGUGGCUGCCGCCCUGGCCGCCGUCCUGGUCGUCACCAUCGCGGGGGACGUGCUGGGCAACCUGCUGGUGAUCCUCUCCGUCUGCAGGAACAAGAAGCUCCGCAACGCGGGAAACAUCUUCGUCAUCAGCCUAGCCGUUGCUGACCUGGUUGUGGCCAUUUACCCAUACCCUCUGGUCCUGACAUCCAUCUUUCAUAAUGGAUGGAACCUGGGAUAUGUGCACUGCCAAAUCAGUGGCUUUCUUAUGGGCCUCAGUGUUAUUGGAUCCAUAUUCAACAUUACUGGAAUCGCUAUCAACCGAUACUGCUACAUCUGCCAUAGCCUCAAGUAUGACAAGUGGUACAGUGAAAAGAACUCGUUGUGCUACGUCCUUCUUAUCUGGGUCUUGACCUUCGUUGCCAUCCUGCCCAAUCUGUUUGUGGGAUCCCUUCAAUAUGACACCAGGAUCUACUCUUGUACCUUUUCCCAGUCAGUCAGCUCUGCGUACACAAUCGCAGUUGUGUUCUUCCACUUCAUGUUCCCCAUAGCUAUAGUUACAUUUUGCUACUUGAGGAUAUGGAUCCUAGUCAUUCAGGUACGGAGGAGAGUUAAGCCUGACAACAAUCCCAAACUAAAGCCGCAUGAUUUCAGGAAUUUUGUCACCAUGUUUGUGGUCUUUGUGCUCUUUGCAGUAUGCUGGGCCCCUCUGAAUUUUAUCGGCCUUGCAGUUGCUGCCAACCCCAAAACAGCCAUUCCCUGGAUUCCAGACUGGUUGUUUGUUUCGAGUUACUAUAUGGCAUAUUUCAACAGCUGCCUUAACGCUGUCAUUUAUGGGCUUCUGAACCAGAAUUUCAGACAAGAGUACAAACGAAUUAUUCUGACAAUUUGUACUGCAAAAGUUUUCUUCCAGGAGAGCUCUAAUGAUGCAUUGGAAAGGAUCAAAAGCAAACCUUCACCACUCACAAACAACAAUUUGGUGAAGGUUGACUCUGUGUGAAAAAACAGUUACUGUCAGUCUACAGGCAUUGCACUGCACAAUACGCAAAUGCUAAAUCUGCUCAGUUCAUCCGUUGAAGCGUCCUCCGUUAUACAAAUGCACUCGGAUGAAGUUCUGUGUAUAGUAUCUUUUGAACCAAAGUAACUGUUUUUACAUAAAGAUCCUCCUAUUGCACUACAUGAUACAUUGCAAACAGUACACAUGAUUAACCCGAAGUUAAGUACUUUUAAGUCCUGUUGAUGCAAAUGGGGAAAUUGUUUAAAUCUCUCAUAGAAAUGAUGGAACAAGUGGUGUUCUUUGGCUGAAACAUACCCGGUGAUUCAUUGAUAUAACUCUGAACAUUGUAGAAUUACAGAACAAAUAAUUGUGCAUCUUUUGUUUGCGUUUAGUUAAUAACAACUAGAGAUGGAUUGGGAUUAAUCAAGACAGUAGCUGUAGGGGACACAUGGGGGCAGUUCCUCCUCAGAAAUAUGACACAACCCCUGUUUGAAUCCCCAGCUUUCAUUUAAAAAGUAAGUCUCUAGACCUGAGAUACCAAGCAAAAUGGUCAGCUGUGUCACUUGUUGGCAUAUGGGGUUGCCUCUAAUAUUUGUCAUUAUGGAGGUAUAAGGGGAAAUGUACAAGAAUUUUUUGUCUGGAUUGCCUGGGAAGGAAAACAAUACUCAGCCGGAGCUGAGUGAGUUAACCCUUCAAGACUGAAUUUAUUCUUGUGCUCUGUCACAUAACCAUUUCUCCCUUGGCUUUGCUGCUGAGUCUGUCAGAUCACCAACUAAGCAGCAGAGUCUUUUUCUUGCGUUUCUACUUGUAAAAGAACUCUAGUGCAAGUGGGAUUUUGCAUGGGUCCCAACCCAAAGCCUUUGAAAAAGCUAAAUAUUAAUUAUAUUCUAUGGACUUAAAAGCUGUAGCACACAAUCAAAACAUUUUUGGAGCACAUGGUACUCUAUAAAACUAUGUAGAUCUUGAA